AUGGACGGCGAUCGUGUUCCUGUUGAUGAGUAUGAGGAGUACAAUUACGAAGAGGACCGGAUAACCGGUACUAAAGGUGGACGAAAUCGUACUAAGGCUGAUAAGAAGCACGAAUUGAGUGACAAUCGGUCAACUCGCAUUCAUAUUGAGAAGCAGCAAAACAACGAAGAGAAGCAGGACGCUCAACGCUUGAAAUCUGACUCGCCUAAGUAA